AAAGACCGAGACUACAGUGAAUGAAAGCCCUACUCUCUCUCUCUCUGGAACCGAACUAGAACUGAAUUUCGUUAAAUAUCUUUACAUCCAAGUCCUCGUAUUUCAUACAAACAAACAAAACCCCCAUUAAAAAAAACAAUUAAAAACUCUUUCAAUGUACCCGAUCUUAUCGCCUGAGCUUCAAAAUUUUGAAUUUCAUUAUUCCCAUUCUAACUUCAGAUCCAGAGACCAAAAUGCAAAAGAAAGGGUGCUUGGUUUCAGCCUCAGUUCCACUCUCUUAGCUUCUUUGCAGAUAUUUAAGCUUUGAUAGUAGGAAAGAAGGCUUUUGUGACAGAGAGAUGGAUCGGUAUCAGAGGGUGGAGAAGCCGAAAGCAGAGAUUCCCAUAAACGAAAAUGAAAUUAGGAUAACAACACAAGGCAGAAUGAGGAAUUAUAUUACCUAUGCCACCACUCUCCUCCAAGAGAAAAGUUCCAGUGAGAUUGUUCUUAAAGCAAUGGGCAGGGCAAUUAAUAAGACUGUCUUGAUUGCAGAGCUAAUCAAGAGGAGAAUUGCUGAUCUUCAUCAGAAUACUUCAAUUGGAUCAACUGAUAUAAUCGAUAUGUGGGAACCCCUAGAAGAAGGCCUCCUUCCUCUGAAGACUACCCGUCACGUGUCAAUGAUCACUAUUACAUUAUCAAAGAAGGAGCUGGAUGUGUCUUCUGUAGGAUAUCAACCUCCUCUUUCCGCUGAUCAAGUGAAACCAUUAAAUGAAUUUGAAGACGAGGGUGCUCCGGAGGUGCCACCAGGGACGCAAGGAAGGGGGCGAGGUGGUCGAGGAAGACCUAGGGGUAGAGGAAAUUAUGGUGCAGUAGGGGGAUACAAUGGUGAUGGUUGGGAUGGUGGGCGUGGCAUGGGUGGCCGAGGUCGAGGGCUUGGAAGAGGUAAUUCUUACCGUGGUCGAGGACGAGGCUAUGGUGCUGGAGAGUACUAUGACUAUGGUGAGUCUGAUGCACCCCCUGCCCAAGGUCGUAGCCGUGGCCGUGGCCGGGGAAGAAGGGGGCGCGGACUUGGUAGGUAUGCCAGGCCGGACUUGCCAGUCCAAGCAAACGCGGCUUAAGAGGAUGGGAAGAUUGUAAUUGGUGUGGUGUUUUGAAUUGUGGAUGGAUGCCUGCUCUGGUCAUGAAGUUGAAAGGUAAUGUUAUGUUAUGUUUGGUUCGGAAGCAAGUUAAAAAUGUGUAGCAGCCUGCCAUUGGUGGCUUGCAGUUCUGUCAUUUCUAAUUGUGGUUUAGGGAAUGUUCUUGCUGUGAAUUCUGACACAAGGCUUUACGGUUUUACACAACCUAUAAAAAGUUGUACAGUUUUUACAUUUUAGGAAUAAUAGAGCAGUACAUUCUUUUA